GAGAAAACUAGCUAUGAAUUUUCUGACCAAAAUCAUCUCAGGACCUCUAACGCAGAGCGCAUAGAGGUUUUCAUCGUUCAGAAUUUCGAUCAAACAGAAGAGGUUAUCUUUCCUACGGUUUUGUGGGUGGUUUUCAGGAUACCUUCCAAUGGCAGGGAGACAUCGUGUUCCACGUGAAGCGAUGAAUGACCGGCGUGGUUACCCUCUUGAAGGACCUUUUGGUCGAGGUCCUCCAAUGCGACCACUUCCUCAUCCUGCAGUGUUGGAGGAAGAACUUGAAAUGCAACAUGCUGAAAUUCGAAGACUCUUGGCUGAUAACCAGAGGCUGGUUGAGGACCGAAUGACAUUGCAGCGUGAGCUUGGUGCUGCCAAGGAGGAAAUUCAUAGGAUGAAUGUUGCCUUUUCAGAUAUCCGUGCCGAAGAAGAAUUGCAAUCAAGGGAGCUCUUUGAGAAAGGCAGGAAAUUGGAGGCUGAUCUUCGGGCCACUGAGCCCUUGAAAAAUGAGGCUAAACAACUUCGUUCUGAAGUUCAGAAGCUGAAUAAUGUUAGGAAGGAACUUUCCACUCAAGUUCAGACCCUCACACAGGACGUUGCGAGGUUGCAAUCGGAUAAUCAACAGAUUCCUCUACUAAGGGCUGACAUUGAUGGUCUGCACCAGGAGCUUAUGCAUGCUAGAAAUGCAAUCGAUUAUGAGAAGAAGGCGAAUAUUGAGCUUAUGGAACAAAGACAGGCAAUGGAGAAGAACCUAGUUUCUAUGGCUCGUGAAGUUGAGAAACUACGCGCAGAUCUUGCUAGGACAGAUGGUAGACCAUGGGGUGCAGGUGGACAAUAUGGGAUGAAUUUCAGCAGCCCGGAGGUUGCUUUUCCUCCUGCAUAUGGAGAUGGCUAUGGGAUGCACAUGGGUGUUGCUGAUAAAGGGCCUAUGUAUAGGCCAGGUCCAGCUUCAUGGGGAGGACCUGAAAAGCCUCGCAUGACUCGUCGUUGAAAUCUGGAUGAUUAUGAUUUCAAUGACGGAGUAUACAUGCCACCUUUGGUUGCUCAUCAUCAGCAUAGAUGGUCAAGUCAUCUAUGUGUGCACGCCAGAUCAGUAGCCAUUUAUUUUUCUGAAUACAUCGUGAAAGGAUAGUUGUUGCGGAUUGUCAAGUGAGAAAUCAGGUUUGUCUCACAUAUUUGAAGUGAGUAUAGAAGCAAAUGUGAUUUAUACGAGAGGUUUAUUUGACUUGGAGAUUGGUGGAAGAAAAUAUCUUUACCCAAUUGUUGAAAUUGGUGAUUAUAGCAGAGUCUAUGCAACCUAUUAAUUUUGUUGGAGGUUUAAGUUACCUGCAACGCAAAUCCCAACCUGUAGAUCUAUCUCAAUUUUAGCAGGUGAAGAAGUGGUUUGUCAAGGAUGUAUCCUGCAGUUUGUCAUUUCCGCUAGUGAGGGUAUGUUGCCAUCUCAUUUACAUGAGUCAAGCUUGUGAAUAUGGAUUUCACCUUCCUCUUACUGUACUGGUCGAAUAGGAGAUUGAAUUGGCCGUAUUUCAGGCAUCGUAUUUUCAUACUCAAUUUUGAAGUUUUAGGGCUUGUAUUGUCACUUGUUGAAUAGGAGAUUGAAUUGGCCGUUUUCCGGGCAUCAUAUUUUCAUGCUCAAUUUUGAAGUUUUAGGGCUUGUAUAGAAUCAGUAAUUUCAAAUUGCUGUCAACGAGCACAUUGUGGUGUUGGAGUAUUGAGGCACCCUUGCAUUUUGCUGCAAAACAAUAAAAUGAUGGCAAGUGCUAUUUUUCUCA